CCAAGUUAAAGAAGUUUUGCAUAUAUAUGGCCGUUAAUUACUGUAUUAACUUUACAAGCUAGCUAGCCCCAUUUUGUGAAGAUGGUUAGAUGAUCCUUCACUUACUAGCCUGCUGCUACGACAAGUUCGAGAUGGGUUAUGGAGCUGAUCAUUAGGAGAUUUGUGCUAGCUAGGAGUGAAAAUCAUGAAACCAUUUCAGUUUGAUCUUAAAGUUCUUGAUGAUAAGGCAUCUCAAAUGAGCAAUUCUGUCACAAUAUCAUCUAACAAAUCCAUCCAUGGCAUACUCUCUCAACUCCUGCCAAACCCCACAACAUCCCAUCAUGACCAGCCAAGUUCAGAGCCAAUUUCACUUGAUCUAUCUCUGAGCUUCAACUCUACACCCAACCCUUAUGAAGGAAAAGUUGCAAACACCCAAACAGAAGGGUCAGCCCAUUCAAGACCUUAUAGGUGCAAUUUCUGCCACCGCAAAUUCUACAGCUCACAGGCUCUUGGGGGUCACCAGAAUGCCCAUAAGAGGGAACGGUUUAUCGCCAAACGAGCAACCCGAAGGGUUCUGUUCUCCGGCGCUUCUCUUGCUAGACGGUCGAAUAACAAUAGCUGGAGUCGUUUUGUUUUUGCUGGAUAUGCAGACAACAAUGGUGAUAUAAGGACUGCAUUUCCGAGGAAGGUUGAUCAGCCUCCACUUGAUCUUACAUUGAGGCUUUGAUCGAUAUAAGAAGACCUUUGUUACGUGGCUUAUUAGUUGGUUAGUCAUCUGCAGGUUAUUAGUAUAUUCUUG